AUGUCAACUUUAGAAGAUUUAAUCCCUACAGUAAAUAAAUUACAGGAUGUUAUGUAUGAUUCUGGAAUAGACACUUUGGAUCUCCCAAUUUUAGCAGUUGUUGGGUCACAAUCUUCAGGGAAGUCAUCGAUUUUGGAAACUUUAGUGGGAAGAGAUUUCUUACCAAGAGGGACAGGUAUAGUCACAAGAAGACCUUUAGUUCUUCAACUAAACAAUAUUCCUUUAAACUCUCCAUUAAUUGAAAAAGAAAAUAACCUUGAUUUCAAUCAAGGUGAAAAUAAUACUGAAUUAUCCUUGGAAGAACAUUUACAAAAAAAUAAUAAUGGCUAUAGUCCAACCAUUCAAACUUCAAAUAGAAAUGAAUGGGGUGAGUUUUUACAUAAGCCUGGAAAAAGAUUUUAUGAUUUUUCUGAAAUAAGAAAAGAAAUAGCUUACGAAACAGAAAGAAUUGCAGGUAAUAAUAAGAGCAUUAGCAAGAUUCCAAUUAAUCUAAAAAUAUUUUCACCACAUGUUUUGAAUUUAACCUUAAUUGAUUUACCUGGUAUUACCAAAGUUCCAAUUGGCGAACAACCUCCUGACAUUGAGAGGCAAAUAAAAAAUCUAUUGAUGGAAUACAUAGCGACUCCAAAUUGUAUCAUACUGGCAGUUUCUCCAGCAAAUAUUGAUUUAGUAAAUUCAGAUGCUCUGAAACUAGCAAGGGAAGUUGAUCCUAUGGGUAAGAGAACAAUAGGUGUCAUAACGAAGUUAGAUUUAAUGGACUCCGGUACACAUGCCUUAGAUAUAUUAUCUGGUAAAUUGUAUCCUCUGAAAUUAGGUUUUGUUGGGGUGGUUAACCGUUCACAACAGGAUAUUCAAUCAAAUAUUUCGGUUAAAGAAUCACUUGAUAACGAAGAGGAUUUUUUUAAAAGACAUGCUGUUUAUAGAACUAUUUCUAACAGAUGUGGUACACGUUAUUUGUCAUAUAUAUUGAAUCAAAUAUUAAUGAACCAUAUCAGAGAUAAAUUACCGGAUAUUAAAGUGAGAAUAAAUACACUAAUUGGUCAAACUGAAGAGGAACUAGCAUCUUAUGGUGGCGAGGGAAAAAUUACUGAUGAGAACAGAGCCAGUUUGGUUCUUCAAUUGAUGAAUAAAUUUGCUUCAAAGUUCAUUUCAUCUAUAGAUGGGACAUAUUCCGAAAUUGGAACAAAAGAACUUUGUGGUGGUGCAAGAAUAUACUAUAUUUUUAAUGAUAUUUUUGGCAAGUCAUUAAAUUCUAUAAGCCCAACUGUUAAUUUGAGCAUAAAGGAUAUUAGGACAGCUAUCAGAAAUUCAACUGGACCACGUCCAUCCUUAUUUGUUCCAGAGUUAGCAUUUGAUUUAUUGGUGAAACCACAAAUUCAAUUGCUCCUUGAUCCUUCUCAAAGAUGUGUUGAAUUAGUAUAUGAGGAACUAGUAAAAAUAUGUCAUAGCAGUAGUUUCACUGAACUAUCAAGGUAUCCAAAGCUACAGAGCAUGUUAAUUGAAGUGAUUAGUAAUUUAUUAAGAGAGAGAUUAACUCCGACUAGAGCAUACGUUGAAAGUUUAAUAGAUAUCCACAGAGCUUAUAUCAAUACUAAUCAUCCUAGUUUUAUUAGUGCAACUGAUGCGAUGUCUUCUAUUGCUCAAGCAAAAAAAAAAGAGAAUUCUAAUAAAAUUACAGCUCCUGCAACAAAUUCUCCCACUGCAUCAAUAACUCAAGAUGGAAAUCUCGUAACAGAAUCUACUACACCAAUUAACGAAUCAGAAUCAAAAUCAGAUAUUGAUUUUAGUGAAUCACCUGAUGCUCAGAAUAUAAAGCAGUCGAAGGAAUCAUUCUUGAAUUAUUUCUUCGGAAAGGACCCUAAAUCUCAAUUGCUUAAUUCACAAUACAGUUUAAAUGAACCUUUGAUUUCAAAUCAGUAUUCUACUGGUGAUGGUAAUGUCAAUUUAAAUUCAUUGAAUAUUAAUGAUGAUGAGAACAGUCAAUUAUUUAAUUUAACUGAAAGGGAACAGCUUGAAUGUGAAUUGAUAAAGAAAUUAAUAGAAUCCUAUUUUUCAAUUAUAAGAGAAAUGAUACAGGAUCAAGUACCUAAAGCAAUUAUGUGUUUGCUAGUAAAUUAUUGCAAAGAAACUUCUCAAAAUACAUUAGUAACAAAGCUAUAUAAAGAAUCUAUGUUUGAUGAGUUACUUAUCGAAGAUUUGAGCAUAUCACAAAAUCGUGAGAAUUGUUUGAAGUUACUAAGAACGUAUAGAGAAGCUUCCAAUAUCAUUAACGACAUUUUGUAA